UAUUCUUAUUAUUCUUCUUCUUCUUCUUAUUAUUAUUAUUAUUAUUAUUAUUGUUAUUAUUAUUAUUACACGACAACCAUUAUUAUCACUAGCAUUAUAAAUUGUCCUUGUAAUUUUUAUAUGCCAAGUGUAUACUUUAAUAAGAUAAUGAAGAAAAGUGGAAACGAGCCGCAGUAUAUAGAUAUGUGUGUGUGUGUGUGUGUGUGUGUAUAAAUAUUAUACAUACAUAUAUAUAUACACAACAUAACAUAAUGCACUUUUUCAAAAAAGAAAAAAGUAUUGAAAUAACUUCGUUAACUAAACUAUGAAUUAUAAAUAUUGUAUAAGUCGGUAAAUAAUAAUUAUUAUUAUCAUUACUACAGAUACUAUUAAUCAAAUAAGAUAAUUCUAAUCCAUUCAUCGAUAAGCUUACAAAUCCGACUUUUGAUUUUCUUACAUCAUUUCUUUAUUAAUCUUCAUCAAUGAAAGGCGAAAGACGAAAAAAAAAAAAAAGAAAAAUUGAAAGUUUACGUAUAUUAAAAAAAUAUUUUGUUUUCAAUGUUUCUAACGAUUCUCAAUUCAAAUAAAAGGAUGUAAUGUUGAGAUGAACUGCGCAGGUGCGUAAUGGAAACAAGAAAUUUACUAUAUUUUCUUAAAUAUUAUGUCUUAUUUGAUUUUAAUGUUUUGUUAGUAAUAUUACAAAAUAUUUAUUUCUUUUCAUUCUCUUCUUUAAUUUUUUAUAUUUAGAAUAAGUUAUUAUGUUUCGAAAGAAUGAUAAUUUCGUCUUCACUAUUCGAUAAAACAUUUGUGCCAUUAUAUCUUUCGAGUUCACGAAAAUAACAUAAGUUAAAAAUGUUCAACUUAUCUUCUCUUAAAAUUUUGUAUUUUAUAUUGAUCUCGAUCGUUUUCACAGUAAAAUCCGAAGAAUAUGGUUUUUGUCAAAAAUCUGAUAAAGUUAUGAAAACUGAAAAAAAUUGUGGAGAUUUUGAAUAUUUAUCAAACAAACGUUACAUAUUAUACGAUGUUAAUCCUCCGGAAGGUUUUAAUCUAAGAAGAGAUGUAUACGUUCGUGUUGCCGUUUUUGUAAAAAAUUUAAAUAAAAAGGAUAAAAAAUUUAAGUGGCACUUGGUUCUGCCACCAUGGGGUGAUUUAUACCAUUGGCAGAGCAAAGAUGUGGGUCCACAAGUAUCGUUGCCAUGGGGUACAUUUUUUGAUAUUGCAAGUUUACAAAAAUAUGCUCCUGUAAUUGAAAUGUACAAGUUCUUUGAAGAAUAUUCUUCGAAAAAUAUGAAAACUCUAUUAGAUGUUGUGUAUAUUUUACAAAAUGAUGAAGAAAUGUUUAAAACUGGUAUAUUUGAAGAUAAAAAUGAAGAAAAAGAUUGUCCUUCCAAAUUUGUACGUUAUAAAAAAUCGAAAGAAGAAUAUAGUGGUUACUUUUGGAAUUAUUCUAAUAUCACAAGCCGACAAAUGAAAUGUAUUUUAUUUCAUGGAACAAUGUCGAACCUUGAAACAAAUCUUAAUCCUUUUUUUCAUAGAUCUGUCAUGUUUGAUCAUAUGGAAAUACCUUUGCAUGAUACAUAUGGUUCUAAAGAUUAUUGGAGAGCAAGACGUAGUAUGCGUUAUAAUUCUGAACUUUAUGAUAUUGCAUCUGACUUUAGAGCGAAAUAUCUAAAUUCUACAGAUAAAGAUGAUAAUACCGAACGUCCAUCCGAUUGGAUUCAAGAAAAAAAAAAAAGAAAUGCAAUUGGUGGUCCAUAUUUAUCAGUUCAUUUGAGAAGACGUGAUUUUGUUAUUGGGCGAUCAGAAUCGACGCCAACAAUAAAAGGAGCUGCAUCUCAGUUGGCAAAAAAAAUGAAAGAAUAUGAAUUAAAACUUUUAUUUGUUGCUACUGAUACAGAUGAGCAAGAACUCGCCGAACUUAAAUCAUACUUGCCACAAUAUACGGUUUUAAAUUAUGUGCCAUCAGAUUAUGUUAAAAAAAAGUUUAAGGAUGGUGGUAUUGCAAUUAUCGAUCAAAUAAUUUGCUCGUAUGCUAGGUACUUUAUUGGGACACACGAGUCUACUUUUACGUUUAGGAUACAAGAAGAUAGAGAGAUUAUUGGAUUUCCUCCAGAAAGAACAUUUAAUCGAUUAUGUAAAGUUAAAGAAAAGUGCUUAUCUAGUGGACAAUGGGAGAUAGUGUGGUAAUGUGAAUUUUCAAAAAAUUAAUUGUAACUUUUUAUGAACUCAUAAAUGUUAAUACAUUUUUAAAAAUAUUUUAUCAUCAAUAUUAAUUAUAUAAAUGCACAAUGUU